CCACGUUAUGUAUACUAUUAAAAAUAAAGUAUAACAAUUUUUUUUCUUUGCAAAAACCAAAACAAAACCGUUCCUAAUCAGACUUGCAUUCCCCAGCAGGAUAUUUUCUGAGCUGUCGCAAUACUAUCAGCAGUUUUAAUUAUAUAUAUUUUUAAAAAUAUAUAUAUAAAUAUGGUUUCUAUUUCCUUUACAGGACUAAAAUAAGAAGCAUGAUUUUCUUUCUGUGUUAUACAUUUAAAGAAGAAAUCAAAACAACACAAAAGAGAAGCACAUGAAACCCACGGGGCAUCUCAUGUGAAUAAAGAUCAGACACUGGGGCUGCUUUGCCUGUGUGAGGUGGACUGUGCUUUCAGCAGAUCUUACAGCAUGGUAGGUCGCAAUAUUAUUAUGAGUCCUCUAAUGUUUUAGAAAAUCAUGUUUUAUAGAAUGGGAACCACAGUCUCUAAGCUCACUGUGAAUAUCACAGAGUGCAGAGCCAAGCUGCUUCCUUGUCUGGGUGUCAGCUGCACAUAUUCACUGACUGAAAAUUUCUAUUUCUGGUUUGUCUAUUUCUUACUUAUUCAAUCCCGAAGUGUAUGUAGUGUAUUUCCACUUGAACUUUAAGGCUGCAGCGUUGCUUGUUUUUCAAUAUUCUAAAGCAAUUUGAAAGAGUCGCAUGAACAAUAACUCUCUUUCCUCGCUCAACAAGUCCUUUUUCAUGCAACUGGUGAAUCUAGAGGUUCUGGAACUUUCUAACAACUUCCUUGCCAAGGAGACAGAUAAUGAUUCUGGUUUUCUUUUAGGAGAACCGGCCUUUCAGAGCUGUGUCAAACCUCAACCUCUCGUUUAACUAUAACAACAACACUACUUUCCAUAAGCUCUACCUCUGAUGAUUUCAAUCACAUGAAAGCAUUGCAAGAGCUGACCAUCACUGGUUGCUUCUUUCAGAGUGUGGAUGAGGCUUCCAUUAGACCUCUAGCCAAACUCCUCAGGCUGAAAAGAAUAGAGCUUCGGCUUAAUUUUAUCGACAAACUCAACCUGUAGCUCUUUGCCAACAAGACUUCCCUCAAGUACAUUGGUCUUUCUGAAAAUGAAAUCAUUUGUCAGAACUGCAGAGAAUUUCCAGGUGUUACUCCAUCCCAUAGGAAACUACUUUCCUUCGGUCCUGCAGACAUGAACACAACAGGGAUUCAGAGUGACUACCCAGAGGAGCAGCAAACAUUAAUUUCCAUGCUUCAAAGGUGCAGCCCCUACAAGAUGUUGAAUCUGAGGAAGAAUAACCUCAUCUUCAUCCAACCUGAGCUGUUUGAAGGUUUCGAGGACAUUAAGUGUCUGCUCCUGUCUCACAACAGCAUAAGUCAGGCGUUCGACGGGAACCAGUUUACUAACCUGAAGAACCUCAGAUUUCUGGAUCUCUCAUACAACAGGAUUAACUUGUACUUUGAAGGGGCUUUUUCUGAGCUGCGAAGUCUGGAGGUGCUGGACAAGAGCAACAACAAUUACCACUUCAUGUUGAAUGGGAUGGGGCACAAGUUAGCCUUUGUUGCAAAGCUUUCCUCCCUCAGGGUCCUAAACCUGUGCUUCAAUUCCAUCUCUGCCAGGAUCUCACAGCGCGUGUACAGCACCUCGAUAAAGGAGUUCAUUUUCAGAGACAACCGCCAGGACAUCAUGUGGCCCACUGAAAUCUACUUCAAAUUCUUUAAGAAUCUGAACAAUUUAACCAGGCUGGACUUAUCACUGAAUCAUCUCACAUGCUUACCUUCAAAGGUCAUACAAAAGCUGCCGUCGACUUUAAAAGCAAUGUACUUCCAAAAAAACGAACUCACCUCUUUCCCUUGGGAAACACUGAAGUAUCUCCCCUUUCUUGACGUUCUCGAUCUGAGCAACAACUAUUUCGUGACCCUGUCUAAAAACAUGGUGCCCAGCAGCUUUAUUCCGGUAAACGCUACCGUCCGCGAACUUACCGUAAGUGUCAACAAGAUUAGCACAAUCGAGAAAGACUUCUUCCACAAUGCUACAAUGCUGUCCAGCCUCAACUUGAGCUACAAUCUGAUGCAAAGAGUGGAGUUCGCCGAUAGCUUGUUGAGGACACUGAGUGUGCUCGACAUCAGGAUGAACCCUUUGAUCUGCACAUGCGACUCCAUUUUUUUUGAAUUGGUAAGCAGGUUUAACAUCUCCAUUCCCUUCCUGACCAACCAGGUGCCAUGCCCUGACCUGCUGAAAGACAAAAGCAUCUUCAGCAGCGGCACAUUAGUCUGCCCAGACAGCCACAAUGUGUUCUUGUUUUCCUCCUCGUUCCUCUUGACUCUUCUUUUCGUGAUCAUACCAAUGCUGAAACAGUUCCUGGGCUGA